GUCGAAUCUGCUUUCAACUUUACUUAAGUAACGCUGCGGCCCGGCUCCUUGUCCGUGAGGCCUUGACUCUCUCCGCUUUCCCCCACGUCAAAUAACCCGACCCGGACAACUCAGAUCAACCCCGCGCCGAACAUCAGCCUCAACCGGAGAAGCUUGUCUACUUCCAGCAUACAUACCGCAUCCAACUUUGUCGAAUAACCUGGCCGGUUAUCCCAACUUGCUACUACUACUACUACUACUACCACUACUACCCCUGGACCUGUCAAUCGCAAUCCCCAAACGACCUCUCCGAAUAACCAACUAAACUCCUUGAGCAGUCUGCUCCAGGACCACCUUCCCAGCCUCACAUACCUUGUCGGAAUGGCCCGAUAGCAUCCCUACGCUUCAACCUCGUACCGCCUGUUGCAGAAACACCAUUACCUCUUUGGUAAACUCCCGGAGAAUCAUCGUCCAUUCUGAGAGCCGCAUGCGGGGAAUUUCCCCGCCUACUCUUUGACUCGGUCAAAGCACCCUUAUCGCCAGGGCUCGCUGUUGCCUCUGCGAUUAUCACCAGCCCUUUCCACCGCCAUAAUACAUACGUUGCGCUCUUCCUAACGGGCGUUCCCCUCCCCUCCCCUCCCCUGAUCAUCGAAUCAGGCUCUCAAUCGUUCCCGGAAACCCCUUCAUUUCACCAAGGUGGCGUUUUACCUAGACACCAGUAUACAACCCAACCUCGUUGAUUCUUGUUAUUGCGUGUUGCUCGGAAACACCAUCUGUUACUGCGAAUACUACUCCGACACCACGGCUGCUUCUCUCCAGCUCGACUCCGUCGACGACCCACCUCCAAUCGGCUUGCCGUCAUGGAGAUCACCUAUGGCACUUGGUGUCAUGGCGUGUCCACUAGACACCCCCUCCUAUUCUUCGGAAACCAUGAGUCCGACUCUAAGCCCCUUAAACCCCGGGAACGAGAAUGAAAGCGACAAGGCCAGCGACAGCGGCUUCAGCAACGGCGUCGAGACCCCUGCCGCCGCCGCCGCCGCCGCCGCCACCGUCGGUCUCGAUAUAUCGCGCCUGUGUUUCGAAUGCCGCUGGCAGAACUGCGGCAAGGUCUUCCGCAGACCGAGUGAUCUGACCAAACAUGAAAGAUACCACAUCAAGGAGUACCUAUGCGACGAGACCGGCUGCGACAAGGCCUUCGCCACCAUGAAGGACCUCAAACGGCACAAGAAGACGCACGAGACCCUCGACGGCGACAGCUCCGGCUACCGCUGCCGCGUGCCGGGAUGCCGGAAGGCAAAGACCGGGCACGUGUACAACCGCCGCGACAACUUCGUCCGCCAUCUCCGGACCAAGCAUGUGGGGAUGGACUUUGACGUCAGGGAAGAAUAUGAUAUGACGUACUGAGACGUACGGACUCACCCCCAGGGUUUUUUCGAUUUCCGACUGCGGUCCUCCAUCGCCCACUUCUCGCCGUGUCGCCAUGGUUGAGACCCUACGACAGCCCAACGCACAUGAUGAUGCGCCGGGCGGGGGGUUGCGAAAUGAGAGGGAUGGUGGCGAAUUCUAAUGGGUUUUUCUUUUCUUCCGCGGUCACGCCCCACAACCCAGCAACACAUUAUUCACUUUUUCUUUUUCCAUUCGGAACGGUUGCUCCUGCGCAGGCAGUCGAGCGGUCUUGGGUUCGGUUCGGGUUACCUCUCUGGGCCAAACGGGAAAUUAUAGACUUGGGAUGGUUAUACCUGUUUUUUUUUUUGUUUUUUUUUGCUUUCCUCUUUCUGUUUCUCAGUGAUGCAAGCCGUGUUCCUUGGCUAGCCGGUGGUUUGCUCUUCUUCCUCUUCCUCCUUCUUCUGCGCUUCCUUUGUCUUUUCUGGACACCAUUGAUACCUGAUUCUAACGAUACAUGAACGACUUAUGAGUCGACGGCUUUUGGAUACCAAAUAUGAGAGGGUGGGCUUUGAGGGGGUUUGAGCCAACACCGUGUGUGUGUUUUUGUUAGCAGGAAACGUAAUGGUACAGAAAAGUCUGUCUAAUUUAAGGUGUUUCGUAUGUGUAGCUCCAAGAUGGGCCUCCUUCCAUACCGCGGUCGACGUGAUGUUGGAACUGAAUCCCAG